AUGGCAGCCACUAAACCUCUCGUCCUUCUGACUGGAGCAACCGGUUUCGUUGGUGCACAUGUCCUCGAUCAGCUGCUAGGUCUGGCUAAGUAUCGGGUCCUCGCACCAGUGCGGUCUACCAACAAGGCCAAGUAUUUCCUCGACAAGUACGCCAAAGAGAUCUCAGCAGGAACUCUCACCUUCGUUACAAACUCCGAUCUAUCUGCUCCACAUGCAUUGGACUCCACGCUCAAGGACAACGAGAUCUCGUACAUCAUCCACCUCGCCUCGCCCUACUUCACGACCAGUUCAAACCCGAUCGAAGAACUCGUCAAACCGGCGGUCAACGCCACCCGCAACGUCUUGCUGAGUGCGCUGACUUAUGGUGAGUCGGAUCUAAAACGACUGACCGUGCUCUCGUCUUUCGCCUCGGUCGUUGACCUCUCCAAAAACCCGAGAGCGGGUUACAAGUACCACUCUGAUGAAUGGGACCCCAUCACAGAGGAACAGGCCGCUGAGAAUGGAGUCCUGGGCUAUCACGCAAGCAAAACUUUCGCCGAGCGUGAAGCUUGGAAGCUGCACGACUCGGGUAUCGACGCCACCAAUCCCCAAAAAGCCAAGUUCGCCUUGACGACCUUGUGCCCGCCCAUGAUUUAUGGCCCGCCCAUUCACUACUCGGCGGAGAGUGUGCCUAAGGACGGCAUCUCUGGCUUGAACACGAGCACCGCGCGACUGAUCAAUGGGAUCCUUGGCAAAGAUCCGCUUUUUGCUCCCAAGGUGGCCACCCCCGGCCUCCCUGCCUGGAUCGACGUCAGGGAUAUUGCCAAAGCGCUGGUCUCAACUCUUGAGUUGGCGGAUGACGAUAAUGAACGAGUCAUUUUGAGUGGCGGCGUGGCAUAUUACGAAGAUGGUCUGAAGGGCUUGCGGGCUAGAGGUGUUCAAGGCUUGGGCGAGACUGGGGCGUUGGUGAACCCAGACAAUCACUUUUCUCUCGACAGAAGUAAGCAGGAAGAUGUGCUUGGAUUGAAGGAGACGAUACCAUUUCAGAAGACCGUGGAAGAUACUUAUGAUGCUGUGAAGGCAUUGGGCUUAUUAUAA